AUGGCGGCCACUGUUCCUAUGAUGGUGCAAAAUUGUUCAAAAAUAUGUGAAUUAAUGACCAAGCUGGACUCAUCACCCAAGGAGGUCAUGGUCACAUUCUUGUCUUCCACUCACCCAGAAAUGGUAUUCCGUAAACGACUGAUGAAAGCCGGACUAGGUGCAAAGACCACGCGAUCCAUCGUGAACAACCUGGGCAAAUUGGCUUGUUCGAGUUCCCAAGGCCAAAAUGAUUGGGAACAGCUGGCGUCCGAAAUUGUGAUUUGUCAGGAAAUAAUCCGUGGCCAUUAUCCCAGUGGAACAUAUGUCAGCUCGCAUCAAAUCACCCCCGACUUCUUCAGUGAGGGUGCCGAACGUCUUCGUGAAGAACAAAUCACUUCGGGGAUGAGCUUUCUACACACACUCAUUCACCAAAAGCUGGCUGCAGGAAUGAAGAAAGUGGACACCGAGGCAUAUGACAAUGACAAAGGGGGCCAAGACGCGGUGAACGUGCUAGAAACAAAGAGAGCAACACCGUCUGACCGUGACAAUCCAAAUGAGAUCCUCGGAACUGUAGACAAUGCGUCAAUGCUAUCACUCAAAAAUCUGGUGUAUUUCAAACCAACGCCCACUGAGAAGGCAGCUCACAAACUUGCCACGCUGGAGGUGUUACUUGCCGCGUGA